AUGUCGAUGAUACAGUUGCGCAUUCCAUGCCAAGCGUUUUCACAAUAUUCCAAGGACGACAAGAUCACGAUUACUGGAAAUUUCGACAACUGGGAGCACACGAAAUUUGUGUUGCGAUAUGACGCACAAGAAAACUGUUUUGGAGUGAACAUUACAGGAAUAUCAACAAGAACUAUUGUAUUUAAGUUCCUAAUUAACGAUAAAGAAUGGGUAACGUUACCUUACUUCGAAACCGAAACGGACAAUACGGGCUUUGUUAACAACGUAUUGAGGUCGCAAGAACUGAAGACUGCAGGUGCAGAGGACCACCUUGACGAGAUCACGAUUAGCAGUAAUGCGGAGCGUGAGCCUCAACAAGGAAAUUUUAAAAAAGAUGCAGAUAACAGCACUGAAACUGACUAUAUCCACAUAUCAUCUCAAGAUGAACUUAGCAGUACGGAAGAUGUCCAACUUGAGCCCACAGAUAGUGACAUUAUAGAAGACAUUCAUGUUGAGGGCCCGUAUUCGCGGCCAAAACUGUCAACCAGUGGAUCCACAGGCCGGUUACAAACACUUGUCACAGUUGUAAAGAGGGUCAAAAUGUAUUGGAGUGGAUAG